AUGAAGCAGGCUAUAGAUUCAGUGAAAAACACAAUGUUUAGAUCGUUUUUGGUAGCCGUCUUUGUUUUGGCAGUUGGCAUUGAAGCCUACUUGGACUGUAAAGGACCGAUGUCGCCUGCGAUAUUCCGUGCGUGUCCUGUCGGCGAGGUUCUAGUAUUGGAAGACAACUGCUGCGACAGCAAAGAUGUAUUUGACACCCUCACAGCCACGUGUCUCAAAGGAUAUGGUCACAAAGGAGCCUGGGCACCCGCUAUUAACAACAUGUGCCCAACUGGCUCUCGCGUCACGAAAGGUUACUGGUGCUGUUACACAGAGGAUAUUCAGAGUGCGACAAAUGCCUAGGAUGAAGGGUGAAUCACUGAAUUAUUAUAUUACACCAAAAGUAUUCUAUUGAAUAAAGGCAUUCAUAUUUU